CUUAUUAAUGCCAAUAAAUGUACAGGAUUGAUGUGCAGAAGGAAGGUCUUUAAUGUGUGCUUUGAUAAUGAAGCAGCUGACUUUGACCACCUCAAUUGUGACCCAGAGCAUAUUAUAGGCUGCUCACACUGCUUGGUUUUACAGCCCAUGAUUUGUUGUGACAUUCACCAUCCCAACCACUUUUCUACCUGCUCUUCUCCAACUGAUGAACUCUCUGCCACAUCCCAGCAUUCCUGCAUUCCAAAGUACAAACAAGAAGCAUCUGACCUUGCACUGUUGGAUGCCCUUUAUGAUUGGCAUGAGGAGAAGACCAUAUCAAUAUAUGGCUGGGCUCAUCUCAGUGACCUCAGCCCUUCCCUUGUCCUACCCAAUUCCAUGCUAGAUCACAUCAUUGACUGCAUACAUCAUCACAAAAUUCACAGUGUGCUUGAGCUGAAGAAGGAGACAUGGUGGAUGGAUGCUGAUAGGUUUGGAAAUGAGGUCGUAUUGCUUAUUCAAAUGCUUGCACCACCUGGUGCAAGCCCUUUUGCUAUAACUCCUCUAAGCUGCACAUCCAGCGCCACCAACACCAAUGUUCCACCUUCAACACCAUCCACACCAUCUCCCUGUCUUGCUACAACUUCCAAUGCUCCCAAGCCCAAGAACAAGUGUAGCACCUGCAGCCAAAAGGGCCACAAUGGUGAGUGUCUCACUGUUUGCAUUCAAAUUUUCAAAAAUAUUCAUUCAUUAACAGCACACAAUUGUGUUUGUCCAAGCCACCCAUCUCAUGCUAGACUAAACAAAGAAAAUAACAUCACAUUCUGCUUAAACCAGCUCAACUAA